GCCUUCAAGCAAAUCCUGAAGCUGGGAGUAACAGAAAUUCUUUGGAGGGGAAGAAGGAGAGUUGAGGGACGGAACAGGCAAGGUUGAGAGAUACUGCGAUUGUUCUUUCCUAGGUGGAGAUAUCGGGCAAGUACAGUCAAGGUCAUCAAUAAUAAAACUAUAGAACCGCAGUCACGUGCUGCUAAUUGAGGUGGAGGCAUUUGAAGGGUGGCUGAGUCUGUAGUCACAGAUUGUGAUUUGGAGUCGUGGAGAAUUCAGAGUCUUUCCACAAUGGCAGAAAGGACAGAUUAUACAAAAUCACAAGUUUCACUGGCUGAAUACAGCCCCGUCAAUAAAACAGAAAGGACAGAUCCAAGUGGAACACAGGAUGGAGACCAAAAUACAUUGCAACUGAAGAAAGAAAUAUCUUUAAUAAAUGGGAUAAGCCUUAUAGUAGGCAAUAUGAUUGGUUCAGGUAUCUUUGUCUCUCCCAAAGGAGUUCUCAUCUACAGCAAAUCUUACGGAUUGUCUUUAAUAAUUUGGGCAAUUGGAGGGUUAUUUUCAGUCUUUGGAGCUCUCUGCUAUGCUGAACUUGGAACCACUAUUACAAAGUCAGGAGCCAGCUAUGCAUAUAUCUUGGAGUCUUUUGGGAGCUUCAUUGCUUUUAUUCGUUUGUGGACCUCGCUCCUAAUUGUUGAACCAACUAGUCAGGCAAUCAUCGCCAUCACCUUUGCUAACUACAUAGUGCAGCCUUUCUUCCCUUCUUGUGACCCUCCGUAUCUGGCUUGUCGUCUCAUAGCAGCUGCUUGUGAAUGUCUUUUAACAUUUAUAAAUUGUGCCUAUGUUAAGUGGGGCACACGCGUGCAGGAUAUAUUUACUUAUGCUAAAGUUGCUGCCCUUAUUGCCAUCAUCAUCACCGGACUUGUUGAAAUAUGCCGGGGACAUAUAUGGCACUUUAAGAACUCUUUUGAAGGAUCCUCUUCUAAUCUUGGAGACAUCUCCCUUGCAUUAUAUUCUGCCUUGUUUUCUUACUCUGGUUGGGAUACGCUCAAUUAUGUAACAGAAGAAAUCAAAAACCCAGAAAGGAACUUGCCCCUGGCUAUUGCAGUGUCUAUGCCAAUUGUGACUGUUAUCUAUAUUAUGACCAAUAUCGCUUACUAUACAGUGCUGGAUGCUCAAGCUGUUCUUGCUAGUGAUGCUGUGGCAGUGGCAUUUGCUGACCAGAUAUUUGGUAUGUUCAGCUGGAUAAUUCCCAUUGCUGUAGCCUUUUCUUGUUUUGGUGGACUUAAUGCUUCAAUUCUAGCAUCAUCAAGGCUAUUUUUUGUAGGAUCUCGGGAAGGUCACCUUCCUGAUCUGUUGUCUAUGAUCCACAUAAAGAGGUUCACACCUGUGCCAGCGCUGCUCUUCAAUUGUUUUAUGACCCUUAUUUACCUGGCUGUGGAAGAUGUCUUCAGGCUGAUUAAUUACUUCAGCUUCAGUUACUGGUUUUUUGUUGGCCUGUCUAUUGCUGGGCAGUUAUAUCUACGUUGGAAAGAGCCAGAUAGGCCAAGACCUCUUAAGCUGAGUCUGGCAUUCCCAAUUAUAUUCUGUGCGUGCACAGUAUUUCUGGUGGUAGUGCCACUCUAUAGUGACUUUGUAAAUUCAGUGAUUGGAAUUGCCAUUGCUUUAUCUGGAAUUCCAUUCUUUUUCUUGGGAGUCUAUUUACCUGCAUCACGGAGACCUCAAUUUAUUAACAGGAUUAUAGGUGCAGUCACACGAAAUAUGCAGCUGCUCUGUUGCUGUGUUUUAACAGAGAUGGACCCAAAUGAAGAAAAGAAGUUAGAAAUGAAAUCCAACUAAAGUUUAAAGCCAUUACAAGAAGCAGAAGGAUAAAGCAAUUACACAAAUGAAAAGGAAGAGCUGGAACUCGAAGACACAGAAAAACUGUUUUCGGUGGUCUUUCAGAAAUGCUGACAAUGUUCUUACUUGCAGAUGGAUUCCAACGUGAAUCAUGCCCUUGUGUCAUCCUCCAAACUGUGGCAUGUUUUCAGGUUAGGUUUUCAUUGGAUAAUGAUUACCUCCUCAUUACCCACUCACACAAGCUGUGUGUCAAUACUGUUUAUUCUUCAGAAUUGGUAUGAAAAUGAUAAGAGCGAAUGGAUCAAAUUAGAUUUCUGCAGAACCUGGUGGUGAAGUAAUGCAUUAUCAAGUUAGACUAAAACCCACUUUGACUCCAAAGACUAAGUCAUUUCCAGUUUAAUUCUGAUGGACGUUUGCAUGAAAUGAUUUGCUGUAGUAUCUCAGUUCUUAUACCCGAAGAAAACCAGUCAUAGCAGACUACUUCAUUCGUUUUACUGCCCCUAAUGAUAAAUUAAGUUCUGCUCCAUUAUUUAUAGACUGAACCAACCUUUCUUCCUUGAAGAUUUUAUUCUUUAUGCUACAUGGAAAUGUAUCUGACUGUGCCAAGGAUUUAAUCAGCAAAGCACCUUGGCACUAAAGAUUUGAUUAAUGGUUGUUGAUUUUUUUCUUGUUAACUUUAGUACUUUGUCAAUUUCUGUUAGGUUUUAUGAAACUUUCAAAAUUAAAAUGUUCAGUUUGAA